AUGGUCGCUGCCACUCACCCGGACCCCCCACUUCUCCCAUUGACUCCACAACCGGCAAACUAUGUGCACCCCCUCCUUUCUGCAUAUCAUAUCGACCACCUACGUGACCCGCCCUCUUCGGAUGACUCCAACAACUCCGAACACCUCGACCACCGCAUAGCGGACGAUCUCCACCAGACCGCCCCAAACGUCCCCCCCACUAACACUACCGAACCCAGACAGCGCCGCCGCCGCCGCUCCUGGCGGAUCCAGCGCCUCCCUCUUCCCACGCCAGACAUGAACACGGCACGCAUCCAACUGGACAACGUCCUCCGCCGGGAAACCCUCGAGAGUGAAGCAUACAUUGGCGACGUAGGGACACCCCCGACCCCCGACCUGCGGGUAGAUAGCCUGCGUAUUGCCACGACCAACAUCAAUAAAAACACGUACGGUAAAUUGAGAGCCGAACUGGCCACAUGGUUCCGCGCCAACGCGCUUGACUUCCUCAUCAUUGCUGACGCUGACCUGCCGGCACACAAGGCCACACAACUGUGGACGCCAUCACCCGGAGGUGCACAUACACCAAGCCUCAUGGCCAUCAGCAACCACCGAGUGAGUCUACUCUAUGACAUACAACGCUGGCACUCCCGCAUCGACGCCCGCUCCACCACAUACUCCCCAUCAGGACGUAGUCUAGCUAUCACUAUCCGCCUUGGGAAAGGCACUCUAGUUACACUACUCGGCACGUAUUGUCAAGACAACCCCGCAGCUCACAAGGAGGACACAGACCGGGAAUGGCAAUGGCUAGCACAGGCAGCUACCCGCGUCGCAGGUCCACAUCACUAUGUGAUCAUGGGAGGUGACUUCAACACCUAUGGGCCUAACCCCCUCGACCGGUCAGCCCCAACGCCACGCACUGGCGCCAACAAGGAUAUCGGCAUAGCUUUCCAGCAAUGGACGCAACGCUUGGGGCUCACCUCCACCUUCCGUCACCGCCACCCCACCCUCCAAAGGCACACCUACGCCCUCAACAACACGGCCGUUACACUCGACGAUAUCUACAUCUCGGCCCGAACAGCCCACAAAGUGGGAGCUAGUGGCAUCUGGCUGCACACUAUCAACUCCAGUGAUCACGCAGGCACUCCAUACAUGGCCCUGAACCUCUGCCCUGGCGAUCACACCCCCUCCCGGGCUUACUGGAGUCCGGCCCAUACGCGUCGUCAACACCCGCACCCUUGCCAAGGCGGAAAUUGA